AUGGCGGAGGACACUCAGUGCUCUGCCCAGCAGACACCACACAAGAAGGGGGUUCGCUAUGACGUACCAGUUCUGCGUCAACAUCAACAAGAUAGCUACGAACUUGAGGCCCUGCUAUUAGCAUGGACUCUCCUCCUCUACCGUCACAGCCAUGGCAACCACGUCCAGUUCUCGUGGGGCCUCAGUGAGAUUGGCUCACAGACGAGCCGCACCUUUGAGCUCAACACCACCCGCAUUCAAUGGAGCGCAGACAGCUCUGUGGCGACAGAACUCGAUGUAAUCCGAGAUUACCUUCGUCAACAAUUACAAUCAGAAGAACCCAUUAAAGCAGACAAGUACACGCUCUUCUUCAACGAUGAGAGCGCAACCGGUGACGCUGUCAGCCACGUCACCGAGGAGGGCGACCUAUCAAUGAGCUGGGGAAAUGUUCAGCUUCAAGCCGUCCUAGAAGACGACGUGCUCUGGCUGAGGCCUUUCUGGCGGGAGCCAGUGGGCGCAGAGUUCCUGGCAAACCACUUUGCCCAGUCUCUGGUUGAGAUGCUCAACACCACCCUUACAGACUCUUCACUACCCAUCAGCUCUGUACUUCCAGUCGGCGAGCUGGACAAGUCCGUGAUAUGGAACUGGAACAAGGAUGUUCCCCCUGCCAGCAACGUCUGCAUCCACCAGUUGAUAGCCGAGCAGGUGAGAUGGCGACCAGAAGCCCCUGCCAUCUGCUCGUGGGACGGUGACUUCACUUAUGCAGAUGUCGACAAGUACUCUACACUACUUGCUCACCACCUCAUCAACCUGGGAGUCAAGGUUGGCGACAUCGUGCCUCUUUGCUUUGAAAAGUCAAGAUGGACCACCAUCGGUGUCAUGGGUGUGAUGAAGGCCGGAGCCGCCUUUGUCCUGAUGGACCCCAGUCAGCCUAUCCAGAGACGUCAAGUCAUGGCCAAGCAAGUCGGUGCCAAGCACAUGCUCACCUCUAAGGACCAAGCACCAUACGCAAAGGAGAUUGCCCCUGACGCCCAGCACGUCAUCGUCGACCCGAACUCGAUGGUUGAGCUGGAAAAAUCUAUUGAAGAUCCCACCAAGAAGCUCCCCGAGGUUCCCUACGACUCCCUUCUCUACAUCAUCUUCACCUCUGGAAGUACCGGCACUCCCAAGGGUGUUAUGCUGUCUCACGCCACAUACACUGCCAGCGCCUUGGCCCGAAGCACAGGCAUCGGAUACUCCAGCACCUCACGAUCCCUGGAUUUCACUUCGUAUGCGUUCGACGUCAGUGUUGACAGCAUUCUCUGCACUCUUCUUCGAGGUGGUUGUCUCUGCAUUCCUACUGACAUGGACCGCGUGAAUGACCUUAGUGGUGCCAUCCGCCGCCUUAAGGUCAACAUGGUCAACAUUACACCUUCAGUCGCCCGAAUUCUGGAUCCCGAUAUUAUUCCCUCUUUGAACAGUCUUGGAAUCGGUGGAGAGUCUUGUUCGGCGGGAGAUAUCGCCAUCUGGGGUCAACACACUCGAAUCGUCGUUGGAUACGGCCCUGCAGAGUGCACUAUCGGAUGCACCGUGAACCCCAGCGCGGCGGGCAAGCCCUACGUCAGUAUCGGAUCUGGUACUGGCGCCGUUAUCUGGCUUGUUGACCCCGAGGAUCACAACAAGCUUGUGCCUGUGGGAGCUGUUGGCGAGCUGCUCGUUGAGGGCCCUAUCGUUGGUCAGGGAUACUUGGGUGAUCCUGAUAAGACGGCUGCGGCCUUUAUCCACGACCCUGAGUUCCUUCUUGCUGGUGGAGGUGGCAUUCCUGGACGACGAGGGCGUCUGUACAAGACAGGCGAUCUCGUCCGUUACGACCCUGACGGAGAGCGUGGAUUUGUUUUCGUUGGACGAAAGGAUACUCAGAUCAAGCUCCGUGGCCAGCGUGUGGAGCUGGGUGAGAUUGAGCAUCACAUCAAGAACCUUCUCCCCAACGGAUCAGAAGUCGUCGCUGAGAUCAUCGCCCCGCGAAACCAGAACAAGGAGUCCAUGCUCGUGGCCUUCAUUGCGGACCGAGAGGCUAAGGAGGAGGGUGAUGUUGAGUAUAUUGCCGACUACCCCCCUCGUCUACGCGAGGCUAUGCAGACUCUCAACGACAAGCUUUCCAAGGUUCUCCCCGUCUACAUGGUUCCGGCCGCCUACAUCGGUCUGUCCAAGAUUCCCUAUCUUGUCUCUGGAAAGACAGACCGAAAGUCACUUCGAGCCCUUGGCGCAGAUAUCUCAGCUUCUCUGCAAGCUUCAGCCGCUGCUGCAGAGGAUGAGGUCCUUCGCGAGCCCGAGUCGGAAUCAGAGCUGUUCCUGCGUGACUCUUGGUGCCGUCUCCUCGGUCUUGAGGCCAACCAGAUUGGCACAAACCACAACUUCUUCAUGCACGGUGGUGACUCUGUCCUCGCCAUGAAGCUUGUUCCUAUCGUUCGCGACUGGGGCUACACUCUCUCUGUUGCUGACGUCUUCAACUACCCAAUCCUUUCCGAUAUGGCCAAGGCGAUGACAAAGGGUGAUGCCAGCAAGAAGGUCGACAUGAACAUUCCUGCCUUCUCUCUGCUCAAGUCCGACAUGGACCGUGAUGCCCUGUGUGCUGAGGCUGCUGAGCAAUGCGAUUGCAACGGCGAUUCCAUUGAGGAUAUCUACCCCUGUGCUCCCAUGCAGGAGAUUCACAUGGCUUUCUACACUCGAUCCAAGGAGAACUACAUCGCCCAGCGAAUCGCCGAUAUUCCUGCUUCCAGCUCAGUCGAUAAGCUCAAGGCCGCUUGGGACGUUGUGUACAAGGAGAGCAGCAUCCUCCGCACUCGCAUCGUUGAGUUUAAGCAGCACGGCUUCAUGCAGGUUGUCGUCAACGAGAGUCUGGAGUGGAAGGACGUCAAGUCCAGUCUGGACGACUUCCUGGAGGAGGACAAGAAGGUGCCCAUGUCCCCCGGCGCCCCUCUCUCUCGCUUUGCUAUUGUCGAGGAUGAGGAGCUUGGCAAGCGAUACUUUGUCUGGACUGCUCACCACGCCAUCUAUGAUGGUUGGUCGACCGAUCUGAUUGUUGAGCACGCCAGAGCAGCCUACAAGGGACUCGAGGUCUCGCGCCCUGCCGAGUUCAAGCACUUUGUUCGAUACCUGGCGGAGGACUCGAGGGAGGCUUCCAAGGAUUACUGGCGCACACAGCUUGCUGGUGCCACUGGCCCUCAGUUCCCUUCUCUGCCGUCUCGUUCUUACAUCCCUGAGCCUGACUCCCUAGCGGAACGAUUCAUCACUACUGGUGGUAAGUCUACCAGGUCUGAUAUCACCAUCGCCACCAUCAUCCGGGCUGCUUGGGCCUUGCUCGCUUCUCAGUAUUCUAUGAGCGACGAUGUCGUGUUUGGAGAGACCUUCAUGGGACGAACCAUCCCUCUCCCUGGUGCUGAGCUGAUCGAGGGUCCUAUCCUGGCUACUGUCCCUGUCCGCGUUCGUCUUGACCGUACAACUUCUGUUGGAGAGUUCCUCCGCUCUAUUCAAGACCAAGGCGUCAUCAGAGCCGCCCACGAGCAUCUUGGUAUCCAACACAUUCGUCGACUGAGCGAUGAUGCUCAGAUUGCUUGCGAGGUCACCAUGGGUCUUGUUGUUCAGCCCCAGGACCCUGAUCCGUCCGAGACUGAGAACGACGAGCUUCCUUCAUUCCGUGGCGGAGACGCUGCCCUGGAGGCUCUGCACUUCAACUCGUACCCCCUGAUGCUUGCUGUCUCUCUCCAGCACAAUGGCUUCCGUCUCUUGGCAAGCUUCGACUCCCAGCUCCUGAGCCCCGUCCAGGUUCAGCGUGUGCUGGCUCAGUUUGAGUGCGCUGUGUCUCUGCUGCGCGGCGACUUGACUGUUCCCAUGAGCAACAUCACCUGUCUGAGCGAGGAGGAGCUUGGUCAGAUCUGGGAGGUCAACAAGGAGGCACCUGUUUCUCCCCGCGACAUUUCUAGAUCUCUCGCCAGCGGGGACAAGUACCCCACGGUUCGAUACACUCCUUGGAUCGUCAACCCCGCCAAUGAGAACGUUCUUGUACCUAUUGGAGCUGUUGGUGAGCUUCUCCUCGAAGGAGCUUCUGAAAAGGAAGAUGAGGAUGUGGUUGAUGCCCCUGAGUGGCUCAAGGAGGGCACUGUUGGCUACCCAGGCCGCAAGGGCAAGCUCUACCGCACCGGUGAUCUCGUCAAAUACGCUGAUGACAUGAGCUUGAUUUUCGUUGGUCGCAAGGAUACCAUGACCAGCGUCGACGGCCAUGUCAUCAACCUCACCGAAACCGAUCUUGAGCUCAAGAGACUGCUUUCCGCCAACACUGAGGCCUCAAGCCAGCUCGUCCUUCCCCAGGGCUCGAGCAGCCAGACUCCCAUGGUCAUUGCCUUCAUCCAGGAGACUCCUGCCAAGGAUGCUACCAUGCUUGAUCUUGGCGUUGACCGCAGCGUCGCUCAUCUUCCUCUCUCUGGCGCCAUCUCUUUCGAGCUCGCCACUGCCAUCAUCGGCCUCAACAAGGCCAUGGUCGAGACUCUCCCUCCCUACGCCAUCCCCUCCAUCUGCAUCCCCGUUUCCAAGACCACGGCAACUGGCGAAUCAGUUGACAUCAGCACCUUGGCUGAGAAGGUUACUCUCGAAUUGGUCAUGGAGCUCCGCAAGGCCUUUGGCACUCUCCGCAAGACCAUCACCGAGUCUACUCCUUUGACCACCAAGGAGCGCGUCCUUCGUUCUCUGUGGUCCAAGUUCUUGAACGUCGAGGAAGAGAAGCUGUCGCUGGACGACAACUUCUUCCGUCUGGGAGGUGACUCUAUCGUCGCCAUGAGAAUGGUUUCCGCGCUUCGACAGCUUGGUUACCGUCUGUCCGUGGCGGCCAUCUUCCAGUACAUGCAGCUUCGGGGUAUGGCCAACUCUCUUGUCGAGAUCCCUACCGAGCCUCAGGAGACUGUCAAGGAGUACGCUCCUUUCUCGCUUCUGAGCCAGGCUGAUGUUGAUGGCUUCCUUGCCGAGAAGAUCCAGCCUCAGCUUGCGGACUCGACCUGGAAGAUCCAAGAUGUCUUGCCUGCUACUGAUCCCCAGCAGCGAGAUGUCAAGUCAACUGUCUUUGCGCCAAGGAGCUCGGUUCAGUACAACAUGCUCUACUUGGAGAAGUCCAUCGACACCGUCCAGCUUGUCGAUAGCUUCCAGUACCUGGUUUCUCGUCACCCUAUCCUGCGAACUGUGUUUGUUCAGCAAGAUAGUGAGACACUUCAGGUGGUACUUGACGAUAUGAAGGUGCCAGUUACUGAGCUUGACGUUGAGGGAUCCAUUGAUGCUGCUAGCAAGGAGCUCGCUGAAUCUGACAUUAACGUCGACUCAGCCUUCACCUAUGGAUCUCCCUUCCUCCACCUCUUCAUCCUCAAGGGCGAGAACGAGAACGCCCUGAUGAUCCGCAUUUCUCACGCUCAGUACGACGGUGUCUCCCUGCCUGAGCUCCUCCGUCAGCUCGAGCUCCGAUACCGAGGUCUCGAAAUUCCUUCCUCGGCACCUUUCACAAGCUACAUGGAGCACCUGCAGAAGACCAAGUCUGACAACAUCACCUUCUGGCGCAACACUCUCGAGGGAUCUUCUCCCACUGAGAUUGCUCCGGCUGCUGAUCCUGCCCUGAAGACCGCUUUCAUGACCAAGGAUGUCGAUGUCACUGGAAGCUCUCCUGACACGACUCUUGCCAUGCUUCUCACUGCUGGUUGGGCCAAGGUGCUGUCUCAGUACCUCAACGUCUCUGAUGUCACAUUUGGAGGCAUUGUUUCUGGCCGCGACGUUGAUAUUUCUGGCAUCGAUAACAUUAUGGGUCCUUGCUACCAGUACAUGCCCGUCCGAGUCAAGUUUGAGGAGAACUGGACUGCCACUCAACUUCUGGACCAUGUCCGAGCCCAGUAUCUCGAGGGUACCCAGCGAGCCACCCUGGGCUUCCAGGAGAUCCUCAACGAGUGCACCAGCUGGCCUGCCUCCACGCCUUUCUACGGCUCCUUCACCAACAACCUCAACAAGGAGUACUUUGAUUCCGUCCCCUUCGCUGGCACCCAAUGCCGCGUCGACUACACAAUCCCCCACCCUGAGCCCGCCACACCUCCCCGCAUUGUGUCAUUUGUCGAGUCCGGCAAGACACAAGUUGGUAUCGAGGCUGAUGAGGAGCGCCGGGAGUUCUGGGAGGCGAGAUUGGAGGAGCUUGCCAGUGUUGUUGAGGGAUUCGUCAAGAACCCUGAGGCUUUGAUUUAA